AUGGUGAAAUUUAGUGAUAAAAUUUGUGUCGAGAUGAAUUAUGUUAAUUCUCCUCACGAAGUAAUCAUAAUUGGAGGAGGAGCAUCCGGAAUAGCAUCGUUUUCGCAAUUAUCUCGGAAUAAAACGGACGUUUUGCUUCUUGAAGCUGAGAGUCGAAUUGGAGGCCGAAUAAACAGCGUGAAAUUCGGGGAUAAUUAUGUGGAUUUAGGGGGGCAAUGGGCCCACGAAAACGCUUUGAAAGAUCCGAUUUAUAAGUUGGCGAAGGAUUUGGGGUUGUUAGAACGAAGUAAUCAAUCUCCGAUUAGGUUAUUGUAUUCGAAUCGGAAGGAAUUUCCAAAUAUUAUUAAGAAGUUCCAAGAAGUUAUACAAGAAGUGUAUCAAUUCAAUGAUGUUCGAGAUGGGAGGAGUAUCGCUGAGCUCGCAAAGGGGGUAUAUUCGGAAUUGACCGAGAAAAUUAGCAUUCCCGAGGAUUUUCCUGAUUUAUUAGAGGAUAUGUUGGAGCAUCUCCAACACCAAAUUCAAUCUGCAGAAGGUGCUUUGGAUUGGAAUCAACCCUCAGCCCAAUCUGAUUCCAUAGACGGUAAAUCCCCUUACGGAUCUGAUGAUAUCGAUACAAAAAAUAAAAUUUUAUUGAAUAAAACCGUAACGAAAAUUUCUUGGGAUAAUUCCGAUGACACAAUAACAAUCUUUUGCGGAGAUUCCACCGAGUACAAAUCGAAAAAGGUGAUUUUUACGCCAUCUAUAGGCGUUUUAAAAUCGAAAAUGAAUGAGAUUUUUGAUCCCGAGUUACCGGAUUAUAAAAAAAAAGCGAUCAAAACGUUAGGAAUUGGUGCUGUGGUUAAAGUUUACCUUGAAUUCGCCGAAGAUUGGUUCAAUAAACACGGAAAAAUCGGAGGAUUCGAAUUUAUUUGGGAAAAAACCAUGCGAAAAUCAUUAAAUACUUCUUGGAUCACAUCUUUAUCGGCUAUCCUAUCCGUGGAAAAUAACCCAAACGUACUUUGUGUUUGGUUUGAUGGUCCGAAAGUCCCUUUUAUCGAAAAUUUAAGUGAUUACGAGUUAACUGAGGGUAUUCAAUUUGCUUUGAUCCAAUUUUUGGGGUAUAAAUUUGAUGUCCCGCGUCCAAUUAGAAUGAUAAGGUCAAAAUGGUACACGAACGCAAAUUUCUUGGGUACUUAUUCGUUUCAAACGGUUGAGUCAAGGAAACGGCUCAGCCAUAACGAUUUAGGGGAACCUUUAAAGAAUCGAAAUAAAAGGGAUGUUGUGUUUUUCGCUGGAGAAGCCACUUCUCCCGUUCAUUAUGGUACGGUUCAUGGGGCCAUUUAUACGGGGUUUAGAGAAGCAGAAAAUGUGAAUAAAUAA